UCUCUCCCUCAACUCUGCUCACCAAGAGGAGAGGAGACCACCAUACACCGGCACAUUUGCGUGCCUAGCUUCGGGUCCUGAGUUUAUUUCAGCAGACUCUUAAACCGCAGAUAUGGCGGCCCUCGUGACUGUAUCCUCUGCUGCAGUCAGCGCCACAGGGCUGACGUCUAUCGGAAGCGGUGCGGCCGCCAAUCACACCGAGUCGGCCCUCACCCUCCGCUCCGUCUCCUUCUCCGGUCUCCGCAAAGACCACUCUCUCUGCGCCUCUGCCGCGUCCUCCUUUGCGCACGCCGCCAACGCCGCCGCCACCAACAAGCGCAAUGCGCCCGGGCAGAAGCGCGCAGCAGGCACGCGCGCAGCCGCGGCGGAGCCCGUGGUGGCGUCCGCGGCGUACGUUGCGCCGAAGAAGAUCCUCAUGAUGGGCGGCUCGCGCUUCAUCGGGCUGUACCUCGCGCGCGCGCUCGUGAAAGCGGGGCACGAGGUGACGCUCUUCACGCGCGGCAAGGCGCCCAUCGCGCAGCAGAUCCCGGGGGAGACCGACGCGGAGUUCGCGGAGUACUCCGCCAAGGUGAAGCACAUCAAGGGCGACCGCAAGGACUUCGACGGCGUGCGGAGACUGCUGCGCGGAUCGGGCUUCCAGGUGGUGUACGACAUCAACGGCCGCGAGGGCGCGGAGGUGGAGCCCAUCCUCGACGCGCUGCCGCGCCUCGAACAGUACAUCUUCUGCUCCUCCGCUGGAGUCUACCUCAAGUCCGACGUGCUUCCGCAUCGCGAGGAGGACGCCGUGGACCCCAAGUCGCGCCACAAGGGCAAGCUGGACACGGAGGCGCUUCUGCAGGCGCGCGGCGCGCCGUGGACGUCGAUCCGGCCCGUGUACAUCUACGGGCCGCUCAACUACAACCCCGUGGAGGAGUGGUUCUUCCACCGCCUCAAGGCCGGCCGCCCCGUGCCCGUGCCCAACUCCGGCACGCAGGUCACGCAGCUCGGCCACGUCAAGGACCUGGCUCGGGCGUUCGAGCUGGUGCUGGCCAACCCGCUGGCCAUCGGCGAGGUCUUCAACAUCUCGGGGCCGCGCUACGUAACCUUUGAUGGCAUCGCCAACGCGUGCGCGGAGGCCAUGGGCGCGCCCAAGCCCACGCUCGUGCACUACAACCCCAAGGACUUCGACUUCGGCAAGAAGAAGGCGUUCCCGCUGCGCGACCAGCACUUCUUCGCCAGCAACGACAAGGCGGAGGACCUGCUCGGGUGGAAGCCGCAGUUCGACCUCGUCGACGGGCUCCGCGACUCGUACCAGCUCGACUUUGGCCGUGGCACGUUCCGCAAGGCCGCGGAUUUCUCUGUGGAUGACAUGAUUCUGGCGAAAGCGGGGGUCGGCUCUUCCUCUUCCUCCCCUUCCUCCUCUGCUGCGGUCAGCGCCCCUGUGGCCGCCGUGGCGCAGGCGUCUGGAGCGGGCUUUAGCGUGCAGCAGCUGCAGACGAUGCCUCUGCCUCGGCUCCACGCCCUGGCCCGCGCCCGUGGCAUCCACCCCACCUCCCGCCCCGACCUCAUCCGCCGCCUUGCUGCUUCUGGCGUCGCACCCGCCGCCGCUGCUGGAACAGCUACUGCAGCAGUAGCUGGGGGAGCGGGAGUGGGGGGUGGGAGUGGGCUGAGCGUGGCUGAGCUGCAGGGGAAGAGCAUUGGUGAGCUGAGGGCUCUGGCUCGGGCCAGGGGCGUGAGGGGCGACACCAAGGCUGAGCUGGUCAAGCUGCUCAGCUCCGGUGCCGCUGCUGCUGCUCCUGCUGCUGCUGCUGCUGCUGCCAGCUCUGCUGCCUCGUGGAGCGCCCCAGCAGCGCCUGCGGCAAGCAGCAACGGGGCGGGGGCGGGAGCGUCAGCGCUGUCGGAGAAGCAGCUGCUGGCCAAGUCGGUGGGCGAGCUGCGCGCGCUGGCUGCACGCCGAGGCAUCCGCGGCGGCAACAAGGCCGAGCUCGUUAAGGCACUCGUGGCUGCUAGCAAGUAGUCGCUGCUGCUGCUGCUGCUGCUGGUAGCUAGUCGUGGUGUGAUAUGGAAGUACUUCGAGAGGCAGUAUUGAUUUUACCUGUACCCUGCAUGCUUUUAUUUUCCCCAGGUUAGGAUUUCUGCUGAGCCAGAACCGCUUGUCCCAAACCGAUGUUGCACUAAAAUUUGUGCAGGGUGUUUAUUGCCUCAUGGUGUAUGUAUUAGACUAAAUAUGAAAGAUAGUU